GAAGAAGGUGAGCGCCAUGACACACCGCACAGCUGCCUGAAACAACGACAGCAAAUAAUGAAAAUAUUAUUUUGGUUAUAUUUCAGUGUUUGUAAAUUCUAAGGAGAUUGUCUUUAGUUGUACACCAUGGAGCCGACAGCGCCCAAAAGCAAGCUGAAGAAACUGAGUGAAGACAGUCUAACAAAACAACCAGAGGAGGUCUUUGAUGUUCUGGAAAAACUUGGUGAAGGGUCCUAUGGCAGUGUGUUUAAAGCCAUCCAUAAGGAGUCAGGCCAGGUGGUGGCUAUCAAACAGGUGCCUGUUGAGUCAGACCUCCAGGAGAUCAUCAAGGAGAUAUCCAUCAUGCAGCAGUGUGACAGUCCCUAUGUGGUGAAGUACUAUGGCAGCUACUUUAAGAACACAGACCUGUGGAUAGUGAUGGAGUACUGUGGAGCCGGCUCUGUUUCAGACAUCAUCAGACUACGCAAUAAGACGCUCACAGAGGAUGAGAUAGCCACCAUCCUCAAGUCCACAUUGAAAGGUCUGGAGUAUCUGCAUUUCAUGAGGAAGAUCCACAGAGACAUCAAAGCAGGCAACAUUCUUCUCAACACAGAGGGCCAUGCCAAACUGGCUGACUUUGGAGUAGCGGGACAACUCACGGACACGAUGGCAAAGCGGAACACGGUGAUCGGGACUCCGUUCUGGAUGGCUCCAGAGGUCAUCCAGGAGAUAGGAUAUAACUGUGUGGCAGACAUCUGGUCCCUGGGCAUCACUUCUAUAGAGAUGGCUGAGGGCAAACCUCCCUACGCUGAUAUACAUCCCAUGAGGGCUAUUUUCAUGAUCCCAACCAACCCUCCACCUACGUUCAGGAAGCCUGAGCUGUGGACAGACGACUUCACACACUUUGUAAAGAAAUGUCUGGUGAAGAACCCAGAACAGAGAGCUACAGCCACGCAACUACUGCAGCAUCCGUUCAUCACGGCAGCCAAGCCAGUCACCAUCCUGAGAGACCUGAUCACUGAGUCCAUGGAGAUGAAGGCUAAGAGACAACAGGAGCAGCAGAGAGAGCUGGAGGAGGAGGACGACUCUGAAGAGGAGGUGGAAGUGGACUCCCACACCAUGGUGAAGUCUGGGUCAGAGGGGGCUGGCACCAUGAGAGCUACCAGCACCAUGAGUGACGGAGCUCAGACCAUGAUCGAGCACGGCAGUACCAUGUUAGAGGCAGACCUGGGAACCAUGGUCAUCAACAGUGAUGAGGAGGAGGAGGACAACGAUGAAGGCUCAAUGCGGAGACACCCCACCCCCCAGCAGGCCCUGAGACCCUCCUUCAUGGACUACUUUGACAAGCAGGACUCUAAGGUCCAACAGGAGAGCUAUAACCAUAACCGGCAGCAGGAACCAGGCUAUCACAUCAGCCAGGCUAAGAACGUCUUCCCUGACAACUGGAAGGUUCCUCAGGACGGAGACUUUGACUUUCAGCUGAAGAACCUUGACUUUGAGGAGCUGCAGCUGCGUCUGACGGCUCUGGACCCCAUGAUGGAGAGAGAGAUCGAGGAGCUGCGCCAGCGCUACACCGCCAAGAGACAACCCAUCCUCGACGCAAUGGACGCCAAGAAACGCAGACAGCAGAACUUCUGAAGAGCCUGACCUGAGGAACACAUUCUGACCUGGGCCCGUGUUCAUACAGCGUCUCACAUCCCAGAGUGCUGAUCUAGGCUAAGGUCCACUUUCCAUGUAAUCUUAUUCCUUAUGAUCUAAAAGGCAGAACUGAUGCUAGAUUAGCACUCUGGCAGCAGAACUGAUGCUAGAUCAGCACUCUGGCAGCAGAACUAAUGCUAGAUGAGCACUCUGGCAACAGAACUAAUGCUAGAUCAGCACUCUGGCAACAGAACUGCUGAGGACCUUAGAGAAGGCAUGGUGCUUUCUGUUACGACCUGACCAAGGGAGAGGAGAGACCUGACAGCUCUCUGGAAUUUAAUUCAACCUGUGCUCCUAAAUGUCCAUUUUCUCAUCACCACCCCAGUAGUCAGGAUGACUCCAGUCCACACUAUUUUCUCAUUGCUCUGGACUAAUGUAACAAUUCUUAGCCUCCCCAUCUGUUAAUGAAGAAUCUGUAGGUAGCCUCACAUCUCUGUUAAUUAUGAACCUGUAGGUAGCCUCACAUCUCUCUGUUAAUUAUGAACCUGUAGGUAGCCUCACAUCGCUCUGUUAAUGAUGAACCUGUAGGUAGCCUCACAUCGCUCUGUUAAUUAUGAACCUGUAGGUAGCCUCACAUCGCUCUGUUAAUGAUGAACCUGUAGGUAGCCUCACAUCGCUCUGUUAAUUAUGAACCUGUAGGUAGCCUCACAUCUCUGUUAAUUAUGAACCUGUAGGUAGCCUCACAUCUCUGUUAAUUAUGAACCUGUAGGUAGCCUCACAUCUCUGUUAAUUAUGAACCUGUAGGUAGCCUCACAUCUCUGUUAAUUAUGAACCUGUAGGUAGCCUCACAUCGCUCUGUUAAUUAUGAACCUGUAGGUAGCCUCACAUCUCUCUGUUAAUUAUGAACCUGUAGGUAGCCUCACAUCUCUCUGUUAAUUAUGAACCUGUAGGUAGCCUCACAUCUCUCUGUUAAUGAUGAACCUGUAGGUAGCCUCACAUCGCUCUGUUAAUUAUGAACCUGUAGGUAGCCUCACAUCUCUCUGUUAAUUAUGAACCUGUAGGUAGCCUCACAUCGCUCUGUUAAUUAUGAACCUGUAGGUAGCCUCACAUCUCUCUGUUAAUUAUGAACCUGUAGGUAGCCUCACAUCUCUCUGUUAAUUAUGAACCUGUAGGUAGCCUCACAUCUCUCUGUUAAUUAUGAACCUGUAGGUAGCCUCACAUCUCUGUUAAUUAUGAACCUGUAGGUAGCCUCACAUCUCUCUGUUAAUGAUGAACCUGUAGGUAGCCUCACAUCUCUGUUAAUUAUGAACCUGUAGGUAGCCUCACAUCUCUGUUAAUUAUGAACCUGUAGGUAGCCUCACAUCUCUGUUAAUUAUGAACCUGUAGGUAGCCUCACAUCUCUCUGUUAAUUAUGAACCUGUAGGUAGCCUCACAUCUCUGUUAAUUAUGAACCUGUAGGUAGCCUCACAUCGCUCUGUUAAUUAUGAACCUGUAGGUAGCCUCACAUCCCAAAGUAUAAUUUUCCUGAAGAUGUUUCUCCCCUUUUUAAAGCGUCCUUUGACUGAUAAAUACAAGCUGGGUUUCUCCUAGCUCUGCUACUGUUAUCAGGCUCUUGGGGAAAUUACCAGCAGUAAUGGAUAAUAAUAUUAAAGUUACUUGUAGACUUUC